ACAUAUAUUGAUUGACAAGUUAUUUGAGAGAUGCGGAAAUGACGGUGGGCCGGUGAAGAAACGAAUAUUUAGUAAUAGUGAUGGUUGCAUCAAUAAAUGGUUAUAUUAUUUUAUGUUUGAUUUUGUCAACUGCUUAUUUUAUUGGUUUACUUUCCUUCUUCGCCGAUAAUGAAAAGGACAAAUGUGACAUGACAUAUAUGUUCGAACUUCCACAAUAUGUGAGAAUUUCGAACAAUUACGACAAGAAAUUUCCCAAGUAUGGUUUAUAUUAUUAUGACGAGGGCCCACCACAUGCAAGUACCCCAAAAUUUUGGGGUAUACCAGUACUUUUCAUUCCAGGAAAUGCAGGAUCACAUAAACAAGUUAGAUCUUUAGCAAGUGUAGCCCUACGGAAAUAUGUGAACAAAAGGUUACCAUAUCAUUUUGACUACUUUACAAUUGACAUGAAUGAAGAACUAUCUGGACUGAGUGGUGUAUUUCUAAAUGAUCAAUUAGCAUAUGCAAACCACUCUUUACAUUUCAUAUUAAAACUGUACAAAAAUCAAAGAUAUCUACCAAAAUCUGUAGUUCUUAUUGGACACUCAAUGGGAGGAGUGAUAGCUAGAAAACUUGCUCAAAUGCCAUUUAGUCCUAUUGAGAUUGUGAUAACCCUAGCAUCUCCUCAUAAAAGAUCACCUUUAAUUCUAGAUGAACAUAUAAGUUCUUUCUAUGAACAUGUUGCUGAGCCCAUCAGACCUGAUAUCACUUUUGUCAAUUUAGCUGGGGGCUUUAGUGAUUUGCUGGUUCCCACUACAUUAACAGAUUCCAAAGAUAACGCCAGUCUAUAUGCUGUUACAACACAUAUUCCAUUAUCUUGGGCACCAGCAGAUCAUAAGCAAAUCUUAUGGUGUAAGCAGACUGUGCUUUCCCUUACAAGGAGUCUUUUUGAUAGUGUAGAUCCAAAAAAGAGACAGAUAUCCGAGUGUAGUGAAUAUCGAAAGAGAAUAUUUGAACAUCAUCUUCUCCAACAUAGUGGGACCAAAGCUAGAUUGAGAGAAAGAUAUUCUAAUAGAGUUGAUCUCGAAGCUGAUGCUGAGUGGAUUGAACAACUGCCGAGACAAUAUAGUGUGAGAUUAUUGAGGGGGUCUAAAAAGUUGAAGUGGUAUAUGAUCAGGAUAGUUGAUGAUCCAAGACAUGAAAUGUUGACUUUGGUUGGUUUGAAUUUGGAGACAGUUGACUGGGUAUAUGCUUGUAGAGCAAAUAUUCCAAAGAAAACAUAUAAAAUAUGUGAUAAUGGUAUACAUUUAACCUAUCUAUCAACUAUAGACCCAUCUGCAAGAUAUAAAAGGAGAUCACUAACUAUCAAUUUACAUGAUAUCAGAAAAAAUUAUUCAGAUGAACUUACACAUAUCGUUUUCAAAGUUGCCCCUACUCAAGAACCUGUGGUAUUUCAUGUGGACGUCCACAAUUCUAAGGAUAGAAGGAUCGUGUUCGAUCUUCCCAAUUGGUUUGAUUUUUGGAGAAAAAGUGUGAUUAAAGAAACUACCGAAAAUGCUAUACGAUAUGAAAUUCUCUUGCCUGACUUUAAUCAUGUGAUACAAUCGUUUUAUUUUUAUCUAAAACCAAUUAAGUGCUCAAAAGAAGCUCACCAUGCUACUGCUACCCUUAUAGUUCCCGGGCGGAAUGAAAACAAUCAUAAGCAUUUCACGGAUGUGAUCAAAGAUCCUUUUCAUCUUCGACUCCAUAAUUCAAUACAUAAUUCUACUGGUAAAGCACCAUUUUUGAGGUUGACUCUUGACCCUACCUGUAGAUAUGAAGUCAGUAUUCAAAGAUCUUUGAUAGGUACUCUGAAUCAACUGGCUCGUUUCUACUCUCCACUUCUUAUUGUCAACAUAGCAACUGCUAUUCUACUUAUUCUGAGGACUCAAUUGCAGGGUCUGGCUAAAAAAAAAGGCUGUACUUCAUUUUUUGAAGCUUUGAAGACUGGAACUAAGCCAUAUUAUAUACUGGGAGUAGCUAGAGUUGGUGCUUUUGCUGUACAUUCAUCUGCAAUAUCUAAAAUUUUUCCAUGGAAUAGAGGUUACGAUUUUAGAGAAGAGGGUACAGAUUUUUUUCUCUUACCGUACAGUAUGUACUUAAUUAGUAUUGGAAUAAUAUGGUUGUUUGCCUCUGUUAUUACUGUUUGGAUAACAUUUUGCGAGUCAACAAUUCAUAAAAUCUUCCUCAAAUUUUUGACGAAAACUGUGCCAUUCACCAUUAUUUGGUCUGAAUACAUGAUAUCAGCUCUUCAAAAAAUACCUUACUUGGUCUCCAUGGGUUUAAUUUAUAUUAGUUUCACAACUUGUGGGGGCUUAGCUUUAGCUCUGGGUACAAUCUUUUAUUUUCUGAAGUUGACACAAAUGUCUCAAGAUUUUAUCGAGGAGACUGUUUUUUCACUCAUAAAAAGCUUCAUUCUCAAGUAUAGGAUUAAAGGGAAACCUAAAUCGAAAGAAAGAAGUAAAGGAGAGGAAACAGAAGAGAAACCGAGUGCAAGUGGGGAUCAUUGCUCAAAUAGAGAUGUUAUAGUUGUGGAGGAAAAAGCUUCUGAAUCACAGGAAAAUAAUAGAAAACAAUCUAGUGCAGUUAUUAGUGAAGAAGCAGAACCAGGACAAAUAAAUGAACAAAAUCAAAAGACUGAAACUAUUGGUAAUAUAGAAGAUAAUAAGUCAAAUACAAAUGGACUGAAAUUCUCACCCCCAAGUACAAUAUCUUUCCAUGGCGUUAUGUUCUUGAUUUGGGUGUUGACUACCAUUAUAAACAUCCCUUCAAUUCUCACAUGGGCCAGAAACUAUGAAUUCAAUUCUUCACUUGACCCUGAUCCUUCAUUUGUACCAGGUUUUUUGUUGAGUUUAUGUACAUUAGCUUUGUGGCAGUUUGAGAUGCCCAAUACCAAAAAAAUUGGGUAUAAACAAAUUAGCUUUCUCAUCAAUAAUCUUGCUCUAAUUGGGUUGAUUUAUGCACCAAUUUAUAUUUAUAGACUCAAUUACUUUUUGUCUGCUGCUGUUAUAAUUGUAGUUGCUCACCAAAUAUUUGCUCCUGACUCGUCUGAUGAAGUAAGAGAAAGUGGAGAUGAGGACCAUACUAAAUAUGAUCAAAUCAAAACAAAACUAGAAUAAAUACAUAUUAUCUCUCAGAGUAAAGAUCUCAUGAUAAUCAUCGAUUCAAUAGUUUUAUGUAGUUUAGUAAUUAGUUGAAGUACUCCAUUGUUUUACCUAUGUUCGAUAUAGGUAUUUGUGAUAUUCAUCAGAAAGUUGUAAAGUAUUCUGAUAGUAUCAGCUUCUUUCAUCAUUUUAUUUUAUGAUAUUCAAAGAUUAUUUGCUUUUUUAUUUUGUUACUUUAUAUUUUACAAAUUUUAUAUAAUAUAGGUACACAUAAUCUUUAACCCCUUAUUACACUAGGUCUUUUUGGUAUAUAUUUUGACGCUUAUUUCGUAGAGCUGAAAACCUUGAAUUUAUUUUUGAGGUUAUGUUUGACAAGUUCACAGUUAACAUAUUAUUCUACUGAAAUUGUAGUCAUCUCAUCUAUCCUUUAUCAUGUGCUAGUCUCUCGCCAUCUACACAUCGAACAAGUCAAAUCACAUUUUUCCAAAACAAUCACAAACUAAUUCCAACAACUAACACUAAACAAAUACUUUUUUUAUUUCAUUCUUCAAACUCUAUCAUAAUUUUGAGUAAUACUCGGAUUGGGAGCGUCAAAAUGGGACCCGAGGCAAAGUAGACAUCUUGGCAUAACAACCAUUUUGAAACUCCUGAAGUUGUAGUAACCACAUUCUAAUUCACAGAACCUUUUAUGCGGUCAAUGAUCGUUUCGACAACAAUAUUGUCAUCUUCAGAAAGAAGAAGUUAUUUAUUUUUCAAAUCAUUUUCUUCAUUAAAACAAUUAUAAAAGCAACAAAAUAUGAAGUGAUACAUGUAACUAUAAUGUACAUUGUCCAUUCUAAUUUGAAUUAUCUCAUGUUCAACAGAUGAAAAUUGUGUUGUUCAACCUGCAUUUUAACACUUCUAGGUUAAAACGUUGGUUGAAUUUCUUGCUCGAUUCAAGCGUCAAAAUUAAGUCUGAAGGCAAGGGCAUUUCAAGAAUGGACCGUCAGGCUCAGAAAUAUACAGAAAAAAAAACUAGUGUAUUUCUGGGUUUAGAACAUAAGUUAUAUAGGUUAGAUUCAUGUUGCAUAAAAAUAAAAAAGCUUAGUAUCGAGUUUUGAUCAAUGAUGGGAUUGUUUUUAAUUGAUUUUCAGAGAUAUAUCUUUUGAAAAUUGUUAUUGAUUGAUUCUUGAUUUUUAGCUCAAAGUGAAACUUGAAGUUCCUUUAAUUUUUAUUGCCAAUAGUAUUACCUCUGUAGUAACUUUGGUGUCUCUCUCUAUCUUCUUCUGAAGUUUGAAUUUCAAGAGUUGUGAUUUAAAUAUUAUACAUUGAUGCCAUACAAAGAUAAAUAAUAACGAGUCUAUAGUUAUACUCAUUAGUUUGAGACACGUUAAAGUUAUAGUUUUGAAACUAUGUAUUAUACUUCAUUAGUGAUAUACGUGUUGAAUAAUACCUUGAAAGUUUAUAAACUGUUCAUACGUGUCACAAACAAACACAAUGUUUUGAAAUCAAGCUCAGUACUUCAUUCAGACACCUUGUAUCCUGACUGUUACCUUUAUGUGAUAAAAAUUGUAUCCCAGUUGAUGUGCACAGUUGUACAAAUAAAAAUCGGACAGAUAAUAU